AUGACCAGUCUGAAGGACUAUCUAAACAGUAUUACAGAGCGGGCCAAGUCCGAAGCGACGGGAGACGACGCCCCAUGGCACAGGUUAAGGAUCGAGGAACUCAAAGACUAUGAACCGGAGGGGAAUGCUAAAAUAUCAUACGGGAGGUGGGAGGAUCUCCUAACCGAAACUGGCUCCUCCCUAGCGAACUUGGGGCAAAGGGCAAAGAUGAUAUGUCAGGGUUUAGAAGGAUGGAUGAGUAAUUUAGAGCUCGAACGAAGCGAAGGAACAGUCUAUAAACAGAACCAGUGUGGGCCCGAGUGGCUGGGGAUAAUAAAUUCCACAAGAGACAGCAAAAGAUGUCCAUACAACAGAGACAUGGAGCACUGGCAACAUGCAGGUUCAAAAGAAAGGAUCCAAGCGAAAGACACGAGGCAUAGAACAUUACUAGAAUGUAUGGAUAUCAUAUCAAUCCUGCUCGUGAUACUGAACAAUAUAUCAGCAGGAAGAAACAACUGGGUAACUCUAGGCGGUAGAGGGGUAUGUCAAGCACUAUAUGAAGGGUUAAGAUCUUGGGGGGGUAAGGAAUUAGCCGCCAAGCUUAUGACAUUUUGGUUCUUGAGUGGAAGGAAGGCUCCCCUAAGCGGACGAUACCAAGUGGACUUUGACGGAACCAAGGACUCAUUCUGGAGCGGGAUAUUGAAGUCUUCAGGGGCCUGGAAGAGGGGAUUGCAGUGCUCAAACAGCAAUACCAAAUCUGAUCAGUAUGAGACUGUUUGUAUCUGGAAUAGCAAACUGGAAAACUGUGAGGUGAUUCAAGAAGACCAAUGGAAUCAGCACGAGAGGAAGGUUGAAGAACAGAAAGGGAAGGAUCUGAUCAAGAAAGAGGAGGCAGACAUCCAGGCAUAUUUACGGGAGGAGUUGAGAAAAGAAGAGGGCCUCGAAGCAGCUUCAGGAAUCGACAGUCAAGGAAUAAUGAACAAAAUAUUACAGACGGGCGGGGCACUGGCAGCAAUGGCCCCACUGUCUUGGUAUGCCUGGAAGAGAAUCUUUAAACCCACGGGACGUUCCUCUCGGACUAAGUUGAGGGGUGACACAGGAUCAGGAGAAGACGGAGUGGAACUGACUGCAGCAAGCUCGCAUCCGAGCAGUUCCAUGGGGAGAACGUUCCUAAUGCAACAGAUAGAGGAGAAUCCCGAGAGUAGGGCCGCAGCGAACUUUAACGACCGAACAGGACAGCUGGAGUUGAACAGCUGCCGGACGGAGGAUUAG